AUGAGCCUGCGAUCUCAGCGAGAGACCACUCCCCUUUGCGACAGUGCGUCCGAGAGCGAAGGAAGAGACUCAUACAUCCACUCAGGCGUGGAAAGUAAUGAAGGUGAAGAUAUGCACGCAAAGGAAUAUGUGGGUGAAAUUCUGAAGGAAUUUGCGAUGGUAAAUCGAAGACUAAAGGGUAACACGGACAGCGAUGAAGACGACAACGACGAUGAGACGAUCGCAUACAUUGCAGAACAAUCCUCAAUUUUAGUUGCGCCGAUUCUUGCUGAUUAUUUCUGCCAUCCGUCACGAACGUUUCCAACGUUGGAAGCAGGACAAGCAUCACUGCGCGGAAAAGCCCAUUUGAAAGGAUUUGCGAUCAAGAAGAAGUAUGAGAAGAACGCGGACAAGCAGGAAGGAGAGCGCAGUCAACGGACCAGAAAGGAGUUUCAGAAAAGGCUUUACCUCCAAUGCGUAUGCGCGGGCAGACGACUCGCGAUGCAUCCGUGA